AUGGCAUCCUCAGCAUUUUCCUUCGGCUUCGGCGGCGAUGACAUAGAGGGCGACUCUGUCCCGGUCGCCGAGGCCCCCGCGUCUGUCCCGGGGCCCGAGACCCCGCCGUCUGCUGCAGCCAGCGCCUUCCCGGUACCGGGCAAACCCCAGCUACCGCCCACCAGUCACGCCCUGCAGGAUAUGCUCGCGAGACUGCCCUCCAAGGUCGCCUUCAGCACUCUGGAUAUUACCCUUGACGACGGAAGUGUCAUCCGCAUUCCGCGUCGAGAACUUUGGGACGUGCGAGUGCAGCUCAUGGCAGAGGAUGAGGCCGCCAGCGAGGGCCCCGAAGCCGAGGGACUCGGCAGCCACGACGUCAAGACAGGCGUUUAUGAGGGCGGUUUUAAGAGUUGGGAGAGUAGCGUUGAUCUGGUCAAGGUGCUCGCCAGCGGCCCAUAUAUCGAAUCGUUGAAGCAACGGCCUCUCCGAGUGAUCGAGCUUGGAUGCGGCACAGCACUCCCUUCUCUGGCCCUAAUGCAGUGGGCCAUAAGGGAUUCGGCGCCAAGAUCGCCGCUUCUGCUCACUCUCGCCGACUACAACCCAACGGUUCUGCAGUUGGUGACACUGCCCAACUUCAUCCUCGCUUGGGCUCUUGAACACAGAGGCCAAAGCCCUGUUUUACACGAGGCGUUUGCGCUCGAGGACGAACUCGAAUUCACGCCCGAGGUGUUGCGGCUGUUCCAGGACUUCCUUGCCUCUUCUCAAAUUUCUCUCAACUUCCUUUCUGGUGGUUGGUCAGCCGAGUUGGUCAAUCUCCUGUAUGAGACUCAGUCCAAGCUGGACAAGUCCGACAGCUUCGAUACCCUGCUUUUAGGAGCCGAAACCAUAUACUCGCCAUUCGCGCUGGAGGCCUUCAAUGAGAUGGUCUUCGCCCUCCUCAGCAAGGAGCAGAGCGAGCGCAGCAACUGCCAGUCGCAGGCGCUGGUCGGAGCAAAGAGGCUCUACUUUGGAGUGGGAGGUUCGCUCGAUGAUUUCGUCGACAAGGCCCGGGGAAAGGGCGCGACAGUGGUCCAGGUCAGAGAGGAGGCUGAGGGCGUCCGGCGAGGAGUCGUCUGCUGCACAUUGAACGCAUCCCAUUGA